GUUUCUAUCAGAUGUGCUUCAGCAACUUCCACAACCGUUUCGGCUCGAUGCAGAUUUCCCUCAGCUUUGGUGUUUACUAUGACACCUACCAAGAUCCCUCAAAGAGCGAGGAGGAGGAGAAGAAGAAGAAGGAGGAGAUCAGCAAAGAGCUGAACAACACACUGAGCGUCAUCGAGACUACGACCCACAAAGUGGAGACCUACGUCUUUCACAUGUUCCGGCACUACGGCUUCAGUCGGAUGAGAAAGAGCGUAGACUACUUCCUGCUGCAGUCCAACUCAAAGUACAUCACCUGGUGGUCGAUGGCCCUCAGCCUCCUCAUCGUCACCUCUGGGUACCUGCAGCUACUCUUCCUCAAAAGCCUCUUUGUCAACAAUACCGGCACAGAGGGCGAGAAGCCUCGAUGCUGAUAGACUAAAAAUAAAAAUGUCUGGAUGUUUUGUGGAGGAAAGGCAGACACGAACAAAUGGAAAAGCAGUGAUGGUUCUUUCUCUUUGAAUGAAUAAAUAUUAGAAAUA